AUGGUGUACUGUGGCAAGCCUUCGAGGGGCUGCCAGAUGUGCAGGACGAGGAGAAUCAAGUGCGACGAGACAAAGCCCACAUGCAACCAGUGCACCAAGUCGCGCCGCCAAUGUCCUGGCUACAAGGACGAAUUCGAUCUCGUCUUUCGCAACGAGACCAAGGCAACCGAGAGGAGGGCACAGAAGGCCAACCGCAAGGCCCUCGGCAAGGGCAAAGAUGUCGAACCCCUGGCGCAACCCCAGGUCCAGCUCACCAAGAGCGCGUCUUCUUCACCUGCCAGCCAAGACGGCUUCUCUAUCGUCAUACCCAUGCUCGACGUGCCCGUCGAGCAAAUGGCAUCGUGCCACUUUGUGUCUAAUUAUGUCUUGAUCCCGCGCCAGGGCAGCACCAGAGGCUUCCACGAGUACCUGCUGCCGCUUCUCAAGUCGGAAAUGCCCAGCAGCCACCUGCACCACGCGUUCAACGCCUGCGCAUUGGCGUCACUAGGGAACAGGCCGAACGCUUCUGCGACGAAACUCAACGCCAAGGCCCUCGGCCACUACACAAAGGCACUGGCUGCGACGCACGUCGCUCUCCAGCACCCGGAGCAGGGCAAGUCGGACGCCACGCUCGCCUCCGUCCUCAUGCUCGGGCUGUUCGAAAACAUCACGGCCAGGCAGAUGGGCAUGUUCGCUUGGGGUUCACAUAUCGAAGGCGCCAUUCAGCUCGUCAAAGCCCGCGGACGCAAGCAACUACGCACCAAGACGGGCUUCCUCCUGUUCGUUGCUGUUCGUACGCAGAUGAUUAUCCACACACUCACUACGUGCACCGCACCCAUCAUGGGCGUCGAGUGGUGGUUGAGUGAUGCUGUCAAGGAUGAGGCCGCUGCCAUAUCACAACGCUUCGCCAUCAAGACGGCCGAACUGAGAGCCGAAGCCACGCGCCUCAUGUCCACCAUGGCUCGCUGCCCUGAGAACAUCGACAUCAUGUUGGACAUGAUUCGGCGUGCCCAAACGGUCGAUCAAGAGGCCAUGAACUGGCUGCAAAACCUACCGGAGCACUUUAGGUUCAAGACGGUGGCUUGGGAGGACCACGUCCCUAAUGGUGACUAUGAGAAGGCUGAAGUGUUCCCUGGGCGUGUUGAUAUCUAUCAAGAUUUUUGGAUCGCCAGUGUACUGAACAUGGCCCGCGUCUGCCGCCUCAUUCUGGCGUCGGUCAUCGUUCGUUGCGCGGCCUGGGUUUGCAGCCCAGUUGACUACCGCACGACACCAGAAUAUGCUUCGGCCGCGCGGACGUGUGUCGACACCAUCACCGACAUUGUUGCAUCGGUGCCUUAUCAGCUCGGCUGGCACUUGAAGCGCCCUGAAGUGAUGGAGCGCGCGAACCUCUCCGGUUUUGCCUGCGGUGUGGAGGACGCCCUGAAGGGCCUGCCCGGCUACUUCCUGACGUGGCCUCUUGCCAUCCUGCACGGCCAGGACUACACGACCGAUGCGCAGCGGUCCUGGAUCGUAGGUCGACUCAAGUUCAUCGGCGACGAGCUCGGCGUGAAAUAUGCCCACUUGCUCUCUCAGAUUCAAAUCCGCAUCCCAUCCAUGCUCAUCCGCCGCGAUGGUCUCAUGGCCAAUCCAUACCCCAACUCGCACAACUUUGAAAAGAUGCUCUCGGCUCGCCUGCUGUCGGCCCGCGAAGCACCGCCCUCGGCAGGCUACGAGAUGAAUCCCCUCCAGCAGCGCGAGGCCAUGCAGCGCGAACAGGCCGAGAAGAAGAAGGCCGAACUGUUGGCCAAGGCCACCGGCACAGCGGGGCAGUCGGGGCAGUGGGUGGCGCAAAAUUGGCUGAGGGUAUAG